UUGUUUUCGAGUUCUCAACACUACUAAAAAUUCUCUUCUCAUCAUUCAUUUUUUCUAAAAUUGGUUAUUCAUUCAUUCAUUUUUAAAAACGCUUACUAAAAUUCUAAACAUCUGUCUGGGUUAAAUCGGAAUGAUAGUUUGGCAUUUCGCCUUAGUAAUAAGUAAUUUCUUACCGCCGAAUAGAUUUUUCGUGUCAUAAGAUCAACAUUAAUCCACAACUGAAGCACUAUCAAGAUUCGAAAUGGCUAGUAUGAAAGGUAAGCAUACGCUUUAUUCAAGGUAUCGAUUAACGCGCUGAUUAAUUUUUAUUGUUCGUAUAUUAUUCAACGGUGGAUAUGUAAUAUGUACUUAUUGAAUGUUUCUAUGUUUCAUGAAUCUCUCGAACGAUGUUCCUAUCUCAGCAUUGGUUACUCUUGCAUUUACGGGAUCUAUUGGAAUGACGUUUGUAAUACUGGCUUGUGCAUUGCCAGAUGUAAAAGUUUGGUGGCCCAUGAUAGUGGUCUUAUUCUAUUUAUUAGCUCCAAUUCCUACUUUAAUUGCGCGUCGCCAGCAAGAACGAUUCGGUAAUGCGCAGCAAUCGUGUAUGGAUUUAGCCAUAUUUAUUACUAUGGGUCUAGUAGUCUCUUCGUUUGCUCUACCUAUGAUAAUGGCGAGAACAAAAGAACCCACGAUUGAAUUAUCGGCGUGCUAUCUUACUUUGGUUGGAAACACUGUGAUAUACUUCACGUACAUUGGAUUCUUCUUGACUCUAUUUCAAGAUGAUUACGGUAUUUGGAACAACACCAUUUAAAUGAAGAGUCGAUGUUUUUUGGGACAUUCAAAUAUUCAAUUGGAUACAAACAAAAAGUACAUAUUUUAUCGAAAGUUUUGCAUCAUUAUAAUUAAUUGUGAUUAUCAUAUUAAUAUCCCAAAGGUGAAUGUUCGCAUUUUAUUGAAGUUUAUAACAAGAUUAGAAUACUUUUUCAAUUUUAUUUAAUUUUUUUUUACCUUUGUAAGUAUGUAUUGUAGAUCGUCGAUUGUAAUUCUUUAGAAAUUGUUUUUUAUCUUUGGAUGAAACAAUUUUCUGGUUGUGCCUAUGCGUGCAAAUCGACGCGAAAAUUAUUAUUUCAUUUCACGAUUAUAUUAUGUUUUGUUGUGCUCUGUAAUAUUUUUUUUUUGUUUUGAUAGCUUUGCUUUAAGUUUUUAAGAUGAAACUUUCCUAUUUUCUCCCUCAUUUUAUCGUUUAUUUUAAUUUUUACUCUUGUAUAUAUGACGUUUUAUUUAAUAAUAUUACGGUUAGAUAAAUAAAACACACUAGUGUAAAUCCUUUAUAGUCAAAAGAGUCGUAGAAUUUUGAUGUUAGUUUAUUUGUUCGUAUUGUUUGGUUGCUAAGAUCGAUUUUGUAAUAAAUUUUGUAAUAAUGAUGGAGUUCACUUA